CGUGAACACGGCGUCAUCGCGCACUGGUUGGACUCGCAACGCACUGCUGCUCUCUUACAUUUGCAUUUGCUGGACGCGAGCGUUGUGGCAUUGCGCGCGCGGACGAUAGACGCAUCAUCGCGAUUCUCGAUCUCGCACGGACGGGCGUGCUCGAAAACAUUGAAACGCGACUCUCCGGCAAGCGCCAGACACACACAAAGCUCCCAGCUCCACCAUCGGGACGCGAGCUUUGCACGACUUCUUCCCGCCUCUGCACCUCUGCACGCUCUUCACGACACGUCUUCCUCCGCUCCCACCGCAGCACCGCCAUCGCCGCUCUGCACCACGCUGCUGCUGCUGCUGCGCUCCGCCAACGACACGCGGUCCGGUGCGAGGACGGCGUCUGGGCACUGUCGCCAGCAUCUUACGGCCUCACCACACACGCACGCAUUCCGCUGCGCCUGUGCCAUUCCCACGCGGCAUCUUCACCACCACAGCAUCCCAUCCGCCCAUCUGCCACUCGAGCACCACGGCCGCUGCUUCUGCACCGCUUCAUCCGGUCUUCUGCCACGUCUGCACGCCCAAACACUUCCCGAUUGGCACUUUCGCGUGCAGCAUCCUACCAUAAUAUACGCGUAGUUACGCAUACUUACACUCACAUCAACCAUGCCGCCCGCCAGAACUGCCAGGCGGACGGUGACUGACGAGAAUGCCGAGAAUGUCGGUACAACACGUCUGACGCGUGCCAAAGCCGCUGCUUUGGACAAUGCUGGCGCUGGAGAUCCGCCCAAGAAGGCACUCACCACGAAGCGCUCUACCACUGCUGCUACCGCGACCGGCACUCUGGGCGCCCGCAAGCGCACCGCCCUGGGCGACGUGAGCAAUGUUGCAAAGAAGGAAGUGGUAGAGACUGGCGACGCGAAGAAGGAAACUCUUUCCAAAGGCACGCUCUCCAAGGCCGCAAAGCCUGCUGGCAUCCAGAAGCCGGCUGCACGCACAAGCUCGACGCGUCCUGCCCUCGGCGCCAAAACCACCAAUGCUGCCUCAUCAGAACUCAAGCGACCCGCCAGUGGCUCUGGUGUUGCGGCUGGUGGUCCCCCAAAGAAGAGGAACACGUCGGCAACCAAACCAAAGCGUCCUGUUACCGUGGAAGAUGAGGAGGACGAUGUCGAGAACGUGCCACCCCCGAGGAAUGGCGCGCGCGACGACAUGAAGUCCAAGGCCGCUGAGCGUGUCAGUACCUCCGUUGACCUGGACGAGUAUGACGGAGAGAAGUCCUUGGAGGAGCUCAUCAAGGAGGCCAAAGACCUCGAUACCGAAGACCUGGACGACCCACUCAUGGUUGCCGAAUAUGUGCAUGAGAUCUUUGACUACAUGCGUGAGACCGAGAUUACAACCAUGGCCAACCCCGACUACAUGGAGAACCAAGGCGAGCUGGAAUGGAAGAUGCGCGGCAUCUUGGUUGACUGGCUGCUCGAGGUGCACGCACGGUUUAGACUGCUGCCGGAGACCCUCUUCCUUGCGGUCAACAUCAUCGACCGCUUCCUUUCGUGCAAAGUGGUUCAGCUUGACCGCCUACAGCUGGUCGGAGUCACGGCCAUGUUCAUCGCCUCCAAGUACGAAGAGGUUCUGUCGCCUCACGUGCAGAACUUCGUGCACGUUGCCGACGAUGGGUUCAAAGACACCGAGAUCUUGUCUGCAGAGCGGUUCGUCCUCGCUACCCUCGACUACGACCUCUCAUACCCGAACCCCAUGAACUUUCUUCGGCGCAUCUCCAAAGCCGACAACUACGACAUCCAGACGCGUACGCUCGGCAAGUAUCUGCUCGAGAUUGCCUGUCUCGAUCACCGUUUCCUCCAGUACCCACCAUCGCAUGUGGCUGCGGCGGCUAUGUACCUCGCACGUCUCGCGCUCGAUCGUGGCGAAUGGGACGCCACCCUGGCCAAGUAUGCCGGCUACACAGAGGGAGAGAUCCAGCCAGUAUUCAAGCUUAUGGUCGACUACCUUCACGCCCCUGUCGUGCACGAGGCGUUCUUCCGCAAGUAUGCCAGCAAGAAGUUUUUGAAGGCGUCGAUUGUCCUUCGCCAAUGGGCCAAGAAGUGGGCACCAACAUACCUCGACAGCAAGACGUCUCGGUCAUGAGCGUAUCUCUGCACCCGUGCAGCAGUGCGGUCGUGAAGCUUACGACCCCCUCCCACGGAUCAGUCCAUGCCGGAAGGGCAUUGGUGCAUGUGUCAAUGCAUCGCUAGAACUCAUCAGGUUCUUCUGAGAUUUGGAUCGUGUACGGCGUUCAUGAUGGCGGGUACAGCAUUCCCGCAACAGCUAAAGUUCUGCUUCCCAUUCGUAUCGGUGUGCCGACAGGGGUCGUCGCACUGAUGGUAUCGAGCAUGGAGUUUUGGAUUCGGCGUUGUUUAAUGUUCGAUGAAUUGUUUUAUGGCAUGGAGUUUUGUGGCAUGGACGCGUAGAUGGGUGGCGCUCUCAUCAAUCGCGCUGUGCUGUUCUCACGAUAGGAAAGGAACUGGUUAAAGCGGUACGGUAGCAUGAGCAUAGCCAGUCAAUCGUGUUGUACUACGUGUCUC